UUAGGAAACACGUUUUAUAUACUCGAGGCUAUUUCAGUCGUAUAAAACCCAACCGUAACUUAAAGACAAUAAAAAUGGCAGAAGAAAUUUCCAGUAAACAACAGCAACCUGCCGAAAAUUUUACCGAAGAACAACUAGAAAACGAUGUGAUGAGUGACGAAGAACUCGAAGAGAAUAAUUCCGAACAGAACCUUAGCAUGGAUAAGAAUUCACGUUUGCAUUUUUCAGCUGCUUUCGGUAAGAUAGACACUAUAAAACAAGACUUAGAGUCCCCUGAUCAGAAAAUUGAUGCUGAAAACUUCAUGGGAUGGACCCCCUUGAUGAUGGCCAUUAGAAAUGGUCAUAUUGAAGCCGUGAAAUUAUUAUUAGAAAAAGGGGCUGAUAUUACGAAGAAAAAUAAACUUGGUAUGAAUUGUUUCAACUUGAGUAUAGCGAAUGGUAAUCUUGAAUUGGUUGAUACAGUUCUUCGUCAUAUGCUGAAAGGUGGCAUUUCAAGAAAUCGGAUUCAAGAAACUCUAUCACCGAUAUCUUUAGCUAUUGUUUUCAAGAAAACGCACUUGCUGCGAAUGUUGAUUUCUCAAGGGUUCAACCCAAACGCAAUGACUUCUAAAACUGGUCUAACACCCCUUAUGUUCGCCGCAGCAGUAUCUGCAAAUAAGAUAAUUUCGGUUUUAGAAGAAAAGGGCGCCAAUGCUAAAGCAAGAAACUAUAUGGGUAUACACUACCAAGAUAUACUCCAAUGGCGCCGUCAUGGAUUGGAAAAUAUGAGGGGAAAUUGCAAUGUUACCAAACCUGAACUUACCCUGACUCCAAUUGACAUAAGGAAUGAACCAACUGCAUCAACAAAUAUAAAUCUAGAAGCACAAAUGGUCGACGCUGUUACAACAAUACCAAUUGUCGAGGAAAUGGCUGGUCUAAUCCCCUCAGGAAGCAAUCCAGUAACUGAAGGAAAUAAGGAUUGUACGAUGGAAUUAUGUGGUGGCGUUUUCGUGUCUCAAGAAGUUUGUGUGGCAACUGAGUCUAGUAAUUUAGACGUGGAUGAAAAUAUAGCAAAUGAUGAAAAUGAUCAAAACCAAACGAAUCGAAUGGAAGGACAUUUUCCGCCUAUAAAUGUUACUAAACCUCAUCACGUUGCACCUACAGCAUCAACAAAAGAUAAAAAAUUCCCACAACCCCUAACAAUAAGGAAUGACAGUCCAAUUAUUCAUCAUCCUUAUCAGUACCAAUCUCCAUACAACGGUCUGCCUUGUCCCUUAUAUAUUCCUGUCAUGAAUUCGUCUUAUGUGUCUAGUCCAGUUACACCUAUUAUGAUACCUUCCCCGUAUCCAAAUUUUGUGACGUCUGUUGGUGACAUGUCCCAAAAUUCCCCAAUGAACGUAAUGCCCCCACCUCAGAACCAAUACCAAUGCGGUCCUCCUGGUCCAUCAAUAUUUUUCCCAAGUCCGAUGACAAGACCCGAUCCAAAUUUCGCAUACGAUGCUAACGCUGUCAACCCUGUCCCAAAUUCAUAUAACGGUAGUCCAAUGUUCUACGCUGUUUAUCCCAAUAUUCCUAACAUGCGAAACGUUUAUUCUUUACCUGGACCAAAGCCAUAAUGUAAAUGCUUCAUUUUAUUUUGAUCAGACCAUGUCUUUUACUUCAUUUUAAUGUUUUUUUUAUUUGUAUAUGUAUUGAAGUUGAAAUGCUGUCAACGGUCAAGUUCACAAUUGGAAAAAUCUCCUAUUUUAUUAAGCAAAAAGUUGCGUUUAAACCA